UUAAUGUUCCUUCCAAAAUCUCCAAGAUGGUUAUGUUCCAAGGAUCGUGAUGAAGAAGCCACUGAAGUUCUUGCCAAGCUUAAUGCUGCCGCUACCACCGAUGCCGUCGUUCAAGAUGAACUCAAGGCCAUUCAAGAAGAUGUCGCCGCUACUCGUGCUGCCGGUUCUUCCAACUUCUCCGAAUUAUUCAGUCCAAUCAUUCGUCGUCGUACCUUCAUCACCUUCUUAAUGCAACUUUUCCAACAAUGGACUGGUAUCAAUGUCAUCAUGUACUACCAAACUCAAAUUUACAAUGAAAUUGGUUUCACUAAAGUUGUCUCCACCGUUAUCUUACCAAACAUCAACAACUUUGUCAAUUUUAUCUCCACCUUCCCAGGUAUGUGGGGUAUUGAAAGAUUAGGUCGUAAGACUUUAUUAGUCAUCGGAUCCUUAAUGAUGAUGGUCUUCCACAUCUCCACCUGGGCUUUCUCCACUCAAACUGAUAAUGGUUUA